AAGUGUCAAUUUCUUGAAAAAUUUCGUAUUAUUUCUAAUAUAAAGGCUCCAAAAAACACUUAAGUGCUUUUAGUAUGCCUCAAUUGUUCAUAAUAAAGUGUGUUUUUAAUUUAAAACUCACCCAAACGUUAUUCAGAAUUACAGGUUUCUGUAACUUAUUGCUAUGUGAAAUUUCCCAAAUUAGUAAACAGACACGUAUUGCUUCACAAAUUUUAACAACGUAAUGUCGAGAUCAGCGGACUGGUUUACCGGUCCGCCCCCGUGGCCUCCGACCCUAAAAACCCUCGUUUUGGCCCCAGAGAACGCCCCAAAGCCACCCCCCGACGUCUCACUCACCGAAAUAAUGUCAAACAGUGCGAAAUUUCCCGUGAAAUUUCCCGUAGAAUCGGUUCGGUGCAGCCAAUUGUUACAAAAUAAAAUCCCCCAAACAACACUUGAAGCAAAUGCCAAUUCGGCUUAUCCAGUGCUCCACGAACACGCUCUCCAUUUGUGCACAAUCUUCCUCAAUUAUCAGAAGAAAAAUGGAAAUAAAUUCUACAAAAAAAUGUCACUACUUGAAUUAAUCGAUCGUUUGUUGAGUAAACGUGCCGUUUCUUUUGUUGGUGCCCUUGACGCGUAUUUGUUACUAGAUGGCAGCAGUGGUGUGAACAAAUGGGAAACAAUCGGGACAAAAAAAGAGAAAUUUCCACUCGUUUUGGACAAUUGUUUGAGUUAUGAUGAAAUUAGGUUGGCAGCACUGGUAUCGGUGUCGUCACACACUGUCUUCCUCAAUGAUGGAAGUAGACAAAAUGAGGGAAAGUUUGAAAAUGAGCGGGAAAAUAUACAAGAUGGCGGCGUUAUUAUAGGACUAGUAGGUCCAAGAUUACACAAAAGAAAGGUUAUGGAAUGUAGGGAAAUUAUUAGAAGUAAGGAACAAAAUAUCAAGAAGUUUGGGUACGGGAAAAAGUCCCUACAAAGCGAGUUUUUGGAUUUUUACGGCGACUUUAAUACCACUUAUAAUUCGAAAUUAAUUGAAACAAAUAAAGAUCGAUAUGUCAAAUUAUUACCCGACACCUACUUUGAUAAGUUGAUGUACGAAAGAAGAUUAAUUUUAUCAAUUGACACUCUUUUAAUUGAGGCAAACUCUCGUGCGAAAAUCCUCAACAAGAUGGCGUACGUCCAUGUCGUGGGUUUGGGUCUGGGUGUGUGGAAAAUCUACGCCCAACAAGACGAAAUUUUCAUCAAAACUUUCAUCCGACGCUUGGAAAUCCUCACUUUGGACCACAUAAGUGAUGUUUGUUUUUCACAUAUCAAAUACAAAAUGGCCGAUGUGCCACAAAAUGGCCACAUAACCUUACAUUUCAAAGACCGUAAUCCUCAUUCGAAAAUCCCGGAAAAAUUACUUGUCGUUUCGUAUCCAUGGGACGGAAACGCUUUUCCCGGAAAUGAGUUUUGGUGGGGGAGUUUGUGGACGAGUGGCGACCCUGCAUGUGCGUGUUCGACACAAGUGGCAGAACUGCACAAUUGCUGUAUUAAUCCGAAAGUCACUGCUUGGAAUUUAAGGGUUGCCACCUUAAACGGUUUAGUGACUUUCGACGAGUACCGAGAGAAACUCACCAAAGAAACUUGUUAAUUAUUAAUUAAACUAAAAAUAUUUAUUACCAUUUAAUUUAUCAGCACGUUUUAGUGUGAAAAGAUGGGUCACACUAUAAACUUAUUUUGAUGUUUACUUUUUCAAAAAAAAGUCAAAGUGGCUUAAACACAAAAAACAUUUUUUUUAAUUUAUUUUGUCAUAUUUAAAAGAAAAUCAGUAAAAAUAGUUAAAACGAAGCCAGAAGUCCAAAAUUUUGCUACCAUUACUCUAACCGGUAAAUUUCAGUGUGGAACCAUGGGUCACACCAUGGUUCUAUUUUUGACAAGUACUGAGAGAAUUUCACCAAGAAAGCUUAGUACUGAUAGGAGAGUACCCAAAAUCCAGACAAAGAAGGCGCCUUGUAGGGAGUAAAGGGUGAAAGGUUCCCAUAAAUUUUUGUUUUUGUUUAACUUUAACAGUUUUGCCAACAUUUCGGUGUAUUCGACGUCUUGGUACCACUUCAAGGCCAACCCACUUUCCACUAUUCUUAAAAUGACUUGGUUGAAAAUUGUCAAAAGGGCGGAACCUUUGGGUACUAUAUAAGAUAUGAAAUAAGAUGUCAAACAUUCAUUAACUAUAUGUAACAGUGGAGUACCAUCUUUGUCUAAAUAAUUUGUUUUAAUAAAUGGUUC